AUGGUGCUGGGCAUUAUGACUGCCAUUGCGGCCUGCCCUGCGAUAAUAGGAACCACUGAAGCCGUGCGCCAAGGCCAAAGACAGAACGCCAGGGAGAAGCACCGGGGCCUAAAGACGAAUCUUUCCAUAGUGUGCUCGCGAGCUACAAAGGGCGGCCGUGAAAUCGAUGGAUGCGAGCUGGUCCUCAGCGAAAACAAGCUAUAUCUCAAUGUGCCCUCGGAUGAGUUUCCGGAAGGCCAUCCCGAAGACCAUCCAUUCGCUGGCUACUUCCUGCCCUACCCCGACCAGGACUGGGGACGACAGGGCGAAGGCAUGGUGUCGACCAUUUCAGACGACCCGCCACAGCUGAAUUGGAUCUAUAUAGACCGCGAUACCUGCGAGGUCAAGUAUGGCGACCGAAUCACCUCAGAACCUCACAUCGUCGGCCCAUGGGAUGUGACCAAGAUGGACCGGAGAGUCAUGCUGACGGGUUGGGAAGGGUUUAUGGCAGUUCGAUACGGGCCUGGAGAAUGGGCACUCUAUUUCGACGUCGACGACAACGGACUGCAGGGAGUUGUUGGAGAAGAAUUGCUGAAAAUGGAGGUUGAACUGGUGCGAAGGGAAAAGAGGCAGGAGCGGACGUCGACUGGUCCGGCAACCGUUGCCGAAGCCAAGGCCACAGAGGGCAAUGACGCAGCAUGA